AUGAAAACUGUGCCUGUGCCCUCAGGCUACCAGUCCGAGUCCUAUCAUCCGGCAUGGGAGAUGAUGGAAACGGAUGUUAUCCCGUCGAUGAAACGGACCCCGCCGAUCCAUCCUCGACGGGUCGAUGGAGUGAACGGCCUGAGGGUGAAAGAGUUGAUGCGGCCGAACCCUUCCCAUCUCUUCUUCAUCGGGUUCAUUCCCCCUUUCUUCGGGGCUGUGAUGAGUAUUAUAAUUGCUCUGAUCUUCCACAAUGAUGAGAUCAGUAAUUAUAACUGGCAAUGUGGAGUAAGUUAAGGACAAACAGGUCUAAUCAAGAAUUAAGAGAGCCCGGCUACCGUCGUUAUCUCGUAUUAUUAACCUCCCAAUGGAACGGAUCUUCUGGCAAUUUACGUUUCUCUUCCAUGUUCCCUUGAGACUCAUCGAAUUGGGAGUUGGCUGUAAAUUACAACCGAUUGAAACGUACUUAAUCACUAUUGUUUAGUUUUCCGUUACGGCCGUCUCAGAAGUGUAGAUUGUUCUUAUCCCCGUUUCUACACCUUCGCUCGCUACAUGUAUUUGAUUGUGGGUGUCCUGGAGUUGGUAUUUAUGGUGGCCUUAUCGGUGGUCGGAGAGAGAGAAUACAUCGGUAAAAUUUAAUCUUACAAGUUACAGUAUCCUUUCAGGCUUCCAUGUAAUCUUUUUCUACGCUUUUGGAUUCUCAGCUAUUGGGUUUUUCUUGGCCAAUGUGAUCUGCCAUCGAAGCUCCUUGUAUUACCUCAAUCCGUAUGUAAGUAGCAGUAAAGCAGUGCUACAGUAACCUUUCCCUUUACAGGGUCGUUUCUCAUACUAUCUGAAGGUGGUCAUCCUGAUUGUGUACCUCAUCUCGGUCCCCAUUUUACUCGGAGCCUUUCUUUUGUAUUGGAAGAAAUGUAUCACCUACAGUAAGAUUAUGAUGAGUAAUUGUAAUCCACUGUUCAGUGUACGACAUCUUCGCCAUCACCGAAUACGUGGACGUCUUCUUGAGUAUCGCCUAUCAUUGCUGUGCCUUCUUCGACAUCCGAUACAAGGUCAUCUUUAGCAUUAGGAGUGUGAAACACGUCAAACAGAACUGA